AUGGGCCCCUGUACCGCCUCCUCAUGCUGCUGCCAGGCCCCUAAUCUGCCAUGGGCCCCUGUACCGCCUCCUCAUGCUGCUGCCAGGUCCAGAGUCUCUCAUGGGUCCCUGUACGGCCUCCCAUUGCUGCUGUCUCCAUCGCCACACACUCUGCCAUGUGCCACUUUCAGGUCUCCUCACACACUGCUGGUGUGUUCCAUUUUUUGUCAUAGGGUGCUGGCAGAUUACGGGCCUCCCAUAGCUGCUGCCAGGCCCCUAAUCUGCCAUGGGCCCCUGUACCGCCUCCUCAUGCUGCUGCCAGGUCCACCCUGUAGGCCUCCCAUUGCUGUCUCCAUGCCAUCUGCCAUGUGCACUUUCAGGUCUCCUCACACUGCUGGUGUGUUCCAUUUUGUCAUAGGGUGCUGGCAGAUUACGGGCCUCCCAUAGCUGCUGCCAGGCC